CUCCCUCCCCCACAGCGGGCUGGUUGCCAUGGAGAGCUCGUCAGUGGCAUCUGCGUCGUCGGAGGCUGGGAGCACGCGCUCACAGGAGAUCGAGGAGCUGGAGCGCUUUAUCGACAGCUAUGUGCUGGAGUAUCAGGUGCAGGGCCUCCUCGGGGAAAAGAAUGACAUCGACCCCAGUGCUGACAAGACACAGUCCCACAUCUCCCAGGAUGAAUGGGAGCACAGUAGUAAUGGCAGUACAGGUUCUCGACCCAGUUCAGGUUCUAGAUCAGGCAGCCAAGGCCAUAACAACCUAUUCUGUGCACCAUCCAAGAAUGGGAACAGAGACGGUUCCUUUGACAUCCUGGGCACAGACAUCUGGGCUGCCAACACGAUGGACUCCCAUGGUGGUGCAACAUGGGAUCUGCAGCCAGAGAAGCUGGACUUCUCCCAGUUCCCCAGGAAGCAGUUCAGAGGCACACCGAAGCCCCUCCCCCACAUCGACCGUGAGGGAAUGAUGAAGAGUAAGUUUGAAGAUGAUGGCGUUGACCUGAAUGACAUGGGCAGGUUCCUGCCUAACCUCCCGAUAUUUCCGCCAUUGCCUAACGAAGCUGAAAUCGCAACCACCAAAAAGCUUUUCCGUAGACGCCGAAGUGACCGGCGACCCGCCGGGCCUCCACAGGACCAGCUGACCGUGCUGCUGCCAGCCCAGGGAAGACGCCAGGUGUCCAGGAGACAGCAGCGCCCCCCAGGGGGUGGAGGCGGAGGGGGCAAACCCCACACUCCUCCACACCACCAUCAACAGCAACCACAUUCCCAGCAACAGCAGCAGCCACAGAUGACCAAUCAAACGCAACAGUUCAGCGCCGACCACCAAUCGGACGGCACUAAUGCCAAGUACGGUGGGCGGGGCCACCAUGGCGGGCAGCCGAGCCGGGGCCCUCCCCACCACUGCUACAGCCAGAACCGUCGCUGGUACCAGCUCCAGAAACAGCAGACCAACAGCGUGUGCCAGGCCCCUGGUCCCGGAGACAGGGGCCCCCCACGCACCUCUAAAGAGGCGGAGGGCGGGAGAUCGGGCGAGCAGGAACCUGCGACAGACCGGCCAAAAGAGGCGGCGAGAGGAGACGAUGCCAGGAAGGUGGGGAAAGAGGGAGGGAGAGUGAACCUGCUGCAGUCCUCCAAAGAGAGACUGAGGAGAAGAUUGAAGGAGAAGGAGGAGGUACCCAUGGUGAUGAUGGGACCUCAGCGUAACCGGAUGGAGAAGCUUCUGGAGCUUCUCAACAGCAUGAGGAGCAACAGCAGUGGUGCGGAGGACCAGCUCAGCUCCUUCAUGGAGGAGGCGCAGAACUCCGCCGACUCGGAGGAGACGCUCGGCGAGAUCGUGCAGACGAUAUACCGCAAGGCCGUGAGCGACCGGGGCUUCGCCGCCACUGCUGCCAAACUCUGCGACAAGAUGGCACUCUUCAUGGUGGAGGGGACCAAGUUCCGCUCGCUGCUGCUCAACAUGCUACAGAGAGACUUCACCCGUCGGGCGGAGCUGCAGCGGACAGACGUGGAGUGCUGGCUGGGCUUCAUCACGUUCCUGUGUGAGGUGUUUGGCACCAUGAGGAGCAGCAUGGGAGAGCCCUUCCGUGUGCUCGUGGGCCCCAUCUACACCUGCCUGAGAGAGGUGCACUCAUUACUGGAAUCAGUGGAGGUGAAGGAAGACGCGGUCCUCUGUUGCUCAAUGGAGCUGCAGAGCGCAGGCCGUCUGUUGGAGGAGCAGUUUCCUGAGAUGAUGAGUGAGCUGUUGGCGGUGGUCAGGGAUAAGAUGCUGUGUCCGUCCGAGUCUCCGCUCACGCGCUCUCUGCUCAUGGAGGUCGUUGAGCUCCAUGCGCACCGCUGGGGUCCCCUGGAGGCCCUCACCACGCAGUACUACAACAGAACCAUCCAGAAACUGACCGCGUGACGCCGUCGGCAACGCUCACAAACACGCACACGCGUGUGGGUGUAGAGGAAAACACAGUUUUUCUAGAAGACAGAACCGGACCAGGAUGGAGGGAUGGAUUAUGGAUGGAUAAGGGGUGGAUGCAUGAUGAUGGAUAGAUGAAUGGGUAAAUUGAUGAAUAGGUAACUAGACUGAUGGAUGGAUUUGAUGCUGACAAGUUCAGGGGUUGGUCUAGGGGUCAAGGGUAAAAGGCUAAUUAUAUGCAGAUUUUUAAUGAAUAUGUAUGUCCUUUUUUUUUUUUGUUCACGCUCGCAUGUUAAUGAUGUGGUCCAGACAUAAAUCCAGACGGCUAUUACAUUAACAGACAUAAGGAAAUGGCACAUACAUAAACAUGAGGUGCCAUGAGGAGGAUGUCAUUCAGAUAGACUCAUCAACAGCAAAUCCACGCCCAGAUGCAUAUGCAUAACACACACACACACACACACACACACACACACACACACACACACACAAGCCAUGUCCACACACUAUUACAGCUGAGAUGUUCAGAUGAGACCAGUGGAGCUGUGGUGGAGGAACAGAGGGUGGAGUCUUGGCAUUUUAACUCUAACAGACGGGGAAAUCCUCGUUUCCUUUGCUUUUGUGAUCAUAUGCAUCUACCUGUCCAUCCUCCAGCUCCGCCCCCUUCUUCCUACAGCCUGCCCUCUCUGUGCCCAUUCCUCACCUCCCCCUCUUCAGACACGCGUGUGCGUGUAAGCUUGAGCGUGUCUCAUUGUGUCGCAAAUCCUCUCCCUGGAGCCCGCUGUUGCCCAUCAGGACUGUCUAGCCGAGGUCAAGCAGACAGACUGGAAAGGGCUCAGACUGCCUUUGUCUGUCUCUCUCUCUCUCACACACACACACACACACACACACACUCUCUGCAGCCUGACUAGCCUGAUGGCAGAUGGCCACUGGAGACUGAAAGGCCAGACACGUGCGUACGCAUACACAUACGUGCGCACACGCGCACACACUCCUCUUGUCUGAGCCAGCCCGUUGGGUGGG